CAGCCGCCGCGUGCAGUGUGAGCGGAGAGCUCGGCUCCAUUCCCAAGGAUGCUGGGGGGCGAUGCCUGGCGGCAGGGAGGACGAGAUUUGUCAGAAAGCGCUGCAGCUGCUGGCCGAGCUCUGCUCCAGCGGGGCGGUGGAGAACGAGAACUGCCUGGAUUUCAUCUACUACUUGCGGGACAGAGCCCGGCCCCGGCUCACGGACUCAGAUAUCUCAGUAAGCUUGCUGUCCUUAGUUGUCACAGCCUGUGGACUUGCUCUCUUUGGUGUGUCUCUGUUUGUGUCCUGGAAGCUUUGCUGGAUCCCUUGGCGAGAACGUGGCCUGCCCUCUGGGAGCAAAGACAACAAGCAGGAAUCUCUGAACUAUACAGACACAGAGACCAAUGACCAUGAAUACAGUGAGGAUUACUUGGGGCAGCCCACUUCCUACCCGGAGUCCUCCCUAAAGAUUAGCCACACCUCCCCUGAUAUUCCAUUAGAUGCUCAGGCAGGGACCAAGGAGAAUUGUGUGCACAAUGUCCGAAUGCAUCGCCAAAUCACAGAACCAACCUCUUCUGCUCGGCACAAUUCAAUCCGAAGACAGAUCAAGCUCUCGAACCCUGACUUCAACAUCCAGCAGCUUCAAAAACAGGAGCAGCUGACCGGGAUUGGACGCAUUAAGCCAGAGUUGUACAAGCAAAGAUCAGUGGAUACCGAUGAUGGCCGGAGGAAUAACAGCAAGGCCUGUGGGAAACUCAACUUCAUUCUGAAAUAUGAUUGUGAUUUAGAGCAGUUGAUCGUGAAGAUUCACAAAGCUGUCAACCUGCCAGCAAAGGACUUUUCUGGAACUUCAGACCCUUAUGUGAAGAUCUAUUUGCUUCCGGAUAGAAAAACAAAACAACAGACUAAAGUGCAUAGAAAGACCCUAAACCCAGUGUUUGAUGAAGUUUUUUUAUUUCCCGUUCCGUACAAUGAUCUGACCACAAGGAAACUCCACUUCUCUGUGUAUGACUUUGACAGAUUCUCCAGGCAUGACUUGAUUGGCCAAGUGAUAGUGGAUAAUUUUUUAGAUUUGGCAGACUUUCCCAGGGAAAGUAAUAUUUGGCGGGAUAUUGAGUAUGUCACCAAUGACAAUGUGGAUCUUGGUGACUUGAUGUUCUCACUCUGCUACCUUCCAACAGCUGGCAGAUUAACUAUUACCAUAAUAAAGGCUAGGAAUUUAAAGGCAAUGGACAUAACAGGAGCAUCAGAUCCCUAUGUGAAGGUUUCCUUAAUGUGCGAGGGAAGGCGCCUAAAGAAAAGGAAAACUUCCACCAAGAGGAAUACCCUCAAUCCUGUUUACAAUGAAGCCAUAGUCUUUGAUGUCCCUCCGGAAAACAUUGACCAAAUUAACUUGUCAAUAGCAGUUAUGGAUUAUGACCGUGUAGGUCACAAUGAGGUCAUUGGAGUGUGUCAAAUAGGCAACAAUGCAGAGAGUCUAGGCCGGGACCACUGGAAUGAAAUGCUCUCGUAUCCUCGGAAACCAAUUGCUCAUUGGCAUCCACUUGCAGAGGGCCCUAUUCAGCAGAAAUGUUAUGCGGGCCUUCUGCGCAUGGAUGGCUGCCGAAGAGGCUUCCUCACCCUUUUAACCUAUUCAGCAGAAAUUUGGCAUUCCUGUUGAUCUCUUUCUUAGCCAUUUCCUCAGGGGCCAUUCCGCAGAGAGUCCAGAGGGGUACAGACAUCCUUCUAACCCCUCCCCCUCACUCCCUUCCCUCCCCAGGGAAUACUAAUCCUGAUUCAUGAGACACAAAAAUACAUCAUAGACACAGCUAUAUCUUGAUUUCUGAAAGUUACCAUCAUGUAGCUCUAAUCUAGGCAAAUGUAAUACAAACAGUAACAGUGGCUUCUGCUGUUACCUGGGAAUUACUUUUAUUGUUACACGUAUUGUCUAAAUUCAGAUGGCAACACAUGUUCACACCCAUUUCCAGAGGCUUAUGGAUAUAAAUACGGUAGCCUGUUUAACAACUACACCUCUACCCCAAUACAACACAACCCUAUAUAACACAAAUUUGGAUAUAAUGCAGUAAAGCAGUGCUCUGGGGGGGCGGGGCUGCACACUCUGGCGGAUCACAGCACGUUCGAUACAACGCGGUUUCACCUCUAACGCAGUAAGAUUUUUUGGCUCCCGAGGACAGCGUUAUAUCGGGGUAGAGGUAUAGCAUGCUAACCCUCAGCGCAGAAGGAUGGGAAGGCCUGCCAUAUUGACAUUUCUAGCCAGGAGCCAAGCCAUGAUGCCCAUAAGUUAUUCAGAGAUAUGAUUAGUGGGCAGCCUCUCUAUGUAAGUUGUAUUGAUUAGAAUGUAAUUGUGGAUGCUUACAGUGAUAUGGCAGUUUUGCUAAGUUAUAGGUGUCAACCAUAGAUGGCUUCAGUAGACAGUUGGCAAGUACCAGGAAGCCCUUGUACAAAGAUAGCAGUAUCCUACUGGGACCGCAUCUCCAUGACUGAUCAUGUUUAGUAAUGGGUCCCACUGCAGUUCAGUCUGCGUGUCUGGGACCUCUGAGCACCCACAAACUGCCUGAAUGAAUGGAGUGGAAGAUUAUGGCACCUGGAAACAGUCCAAGCAAGGUGGCGAAGUUCAGCACACAAAGCUUUGGGCUCACUGAGAAGCUGAAUACAUGAUCAAUGGCACUUUAUUCCUUUUCAUGACGGGGCAAGAGCCAAAAUUGUGCUUUGCUCCAAUUGAGCUGAGCUUGGAAAACAGAGAACCUUGUUCUUAACUGUAGUCGAGCAAUGACACGAGUGGCUUGACAGAACCCCCGUGGAGCACUGAAAACCAGUAUGACAACAUCUGUUAGCAGAGGUUAUGCAUGCCCUUACAUCAAACCCAUAUUUCCCUCUUUGAGGGCAAUGGGCUGCAGAGGUCCUGUCCAUAGAAGAGAAAGGGCUGUCAGAAUCUAAUUGACAUCAUUAUUCUCUCAGCAUGUGCUCAGUUGAGUUCUUCAGCGGUCAUUAUGUGGGUCACUUUACAUCUACCUGACCUACAAAGAGGCAUAUGUUUGGAAUUCCCAAGAAUCAAGUGGGGGAGGGUACCCAAAGCAUCCAAGAUGUGCAGAGAAAUAUUUAUACAAACAACAUAUAAUUUUGGGUCCUGAAUCAGGAUUAGGCUCAGUGAUAGCUAAGCUUUGGAAGCUUCUAGAGCCUUUGUGUCCAGAGCUAUAAGACUCUUGACUAUUUGCUGAAUAAGACCCUCAGUUUUCAAACAAAUGUUUCAACUAUGUGAAGAGUGGUUUGUUUAGAUAGAAUCUGCGAGUAACAGUAACACCCAGAGGCCUUUGGUGGUACCCACAAAUUACUGGUAUGGAUACUAGCAUUGCCCAAAUUCAGAUGGUGAGCUACAUUCAUCCCAUUUCCAGAGAAUUAGUUUGGUUUUAAUAGCAAGCCUGAUAGCAAUGGAAAUCAGCAAGCAGUGUGAUUUGCAGCUGGGUGCAGCAACCAGUUUCAUUCUUAUAUUCAAUAUUUUUCAAACAAAAAAAUGAAUGCUGUAGUGGAUAUUCUUGCAAAUACAUUUCUUCAAGAGUGAUUGUCAUUAUACAUUUAUAUUGUGGUCAUGCCUCGAGGUACCAGUAAGGAUUGGUGUCCCCUCUCACCCUGUACAAAAAUCCAGGUUAACAUGGUUCCUGCCCCAAAGACCUUACAAUCUAAGAAACUAAAGAAGGAGCUACUGUCUGUAGGGCAAGAAUGAGACAGGUACGGCAACCUUAGUGACAUGAUGUUCCUUCAGCAAGAAGGAGAAUAAGUAGGAUUGUGUUUGUAUUUUAUGUAGCCUGUAAAUCCUCAUUGCUCUUUGAAGAUCCAUUUUCAACAGCUGUCUCAGUUAUAUAGGUAACAUUGAAUAAGGAAGAUUUGUUCACCUCUGUAUAAAAUAGGUGCAGAUCAAAGGUGGCUCUGCCCUGUAACACCCACACGGUUGUUAUUUUAAAUUAAUUUACCAACAGAUAAUGCAUAGGAGCUUUCUCUGUAAUUUGCAUAGGCAAUAACUAGAUGCCACUGUGUAGUAAUUGCUGACACAUUUUGAAAGGUGAUCACAGUACUGGGCAGUAUCACACCAAGAAAUCCACAUCCAGGAACAAGAGCCACUGAGAUAAAAAGCUACUUUCACUAUAUCUUCUAUUGUGCAUGUAAUUAGCUGUCUAAAGCCUUUCCAGCAUAGUUUUAAUUUCAAGGAUUUAGUAAAAGCCCUAAUGUUAAAACAUACACAUGCAAGCUUGUGUACACUUUUGUCUGAGCAAAAUGCCUGAUGCAUAGUCACACUUUCCUUUGUGUCCACACACCAUCUUGCAUGUUCAUUAGGCAUUUUGGAUUUGCAACUGAGCAUAUGCAAAUACAAGUAGGUAGUCUUGAGCACAUGCCUACGAGGCUGGCCCAAAAUUUGCAAAAAGUGUCAGUCUGUUUCUGUCUUGUUAGACUUUCAACAAAAAGUGUCUGAGCAGCUCCUUGGUAUCAGCAAGCCUGUGGCACUGUGACAGUAUUCUAUCUGUCAUGCAUGAACCUCAUUUCAGGCCUGUCCUCUUUAUUCAGGCAAAACUCCCAUGGGGGUCAAUGAAUUUGGUCCUGUAAGAGAAAUAUUUUGAUUCCUUGGCAAGUCAAUGCAUGCAUCCCAGCUUGGAAUGCAAAUCAGACAGGUGCAUACUUACCCACUGUAACUACUAUUCCCAGUGUAGUGCCAGGAUUGGUAGCUGCAGUGGAAAGGGAAACACCAGCAGAGAGGGAGAGAGAGAGAGAGAGACUCAUGAUGGAUGUGAAAGUUCUCACACAGCUUCUGCAUCUCCAGCAUGUUAAAGAGGCACCUUUAUAGACAUAAAAGUUAUAUAUAUAGUAUUGCCUACUCUCAUUAGUUUAUUGCCAUUCUCACAUUAUAUGGUAUUUUACUUACAGCCCCAGCUGCUGGGAUCUAGAAAGCUGAGAUUCUCAUGCAGUGUCAUUUGAGGGUGGAGAGGUGGGGGAGUUUCUAGCUGGCUCAGUUAUUGAGAAAGCACUUGGAAACUUGACCUGAGUGCACCCUAAAAGGUUCAGAAACCAGAAGGCAAAGAAAAAGAACCCAACAUUUAUUUAUUUUAACUCUCAUGAUUUUUUGGUGCCCAACUCAGGAUGCCUGAACAGUUGGGGGUGGCAGUACUAUAUAAAAGAUGCACACAGUAGGUUAGCACCAUACUGUGAAUAUUAACAUUCUUCCUUUUUCAUAAUUGAUGUAUCACCAUUGAUAAUUUCUGUUUAACUCUGUACCCCCUUGACCAAUGAAAUCCACUCGAUCAGUUAAUUUCAUAUUCUGGUUCUCAUGCAUUAGCACAAUGCUACUGUGUUUGGGGUUCCACCCCUGCAGGGCAGCAUUUUACUAGGUGGAGUACCCCAGAGAUCAUGUUUAAAUUCUGCCACAGAGCUAACAGGAGAGUUGGGGUGACACAGUCGACCCCUUGACCCUGACACAGUCGACUCCUUUUUGAAACACUGCUCCCAUGGGUAACUUGUCACUAGGGCCCAUGAAAAUAAUCCCAACCCUCUUUUUAAAAUUUUGUAUAUUUCCCUUGGAACGGAAGAAAUUGCUCCAAAUGGAAGGUACGGUAAUUUCCAGAAUACUUCCUCAAGAGAAAAAACUGCCCCCCGCCCCAAACACAGUCCUACAAGUUUUUCAUCUUACUGCCACUUCAGAUUACACUGUACACUUGUGCUAUGCUGUGCUUUAUACAGUCAGUAUAGUUUUCAGGAACAAAACACUUCCAUAAAUUUGAUCACUAAGAGAUUAUGGGUGCAAUCCUGAUCCCACUGAAGUCCAUGGGAAUUUUGCACCUAUUGCCUCAUUUCCUUGGUAGAAGAGAGCAUUUUUGUUUAAAGAGGAAAUUAAAAAAAUAAAUAUUUCAAUCCCUCCAAGACACUCAUGUUGUUGCAGGCUAGAAGGGCAUUUUUGUGGAAGUUCCUUGUUAAUAUAUUGACAUCACAUCACUGCUGCACAUGAAUUUUAAAAUUAAAAAAAACAAACUCUUUUUACUGAACUUACAAAGCACUAAAAACAUUUCUAUUCUAUAGUUUUAUAAAAAAAAUUCUCCUCUCUUUUCAUAAACAAAGCAUAAAUGUGUGUCUAAAGUACCUGGCAGUGAAUGAGUGCAUAUACAACUCCACUGCUGGGCAGCAGGUGCUUCCAGAGCAGAAAUCAGGCCCGUAGCAGAGGAGACGCAUGUGUCUCAGGAUGAUGGUACCAGUGCAUGUGCAUUUCAGCAUUCUUUCCAGCUGAUCCAUGGAUCAGCUAAGAGCAGUAAACAUGAAAAAGGUAAUGACAGCCUGUUACACAAGGGCCUGAUCUAACUCCCACUGGAGAAAAGAGAAGGAGUCCCACUGGCUUCAGCAGAAGUUGGAUCAAUCCCACAGAGAGGCAUGAAAGGAAAGAGAUCCAAAGAAUUACAAGAAGACUAAGUGGAUGAGAGUCAUUCUCCAUUCAGGAGUGGGUAUCACUGAAAAACAGGUACAUUUCCUUCAGGGGGAUUUAGAAGGAGUUUUAAACCUAGGAUUAUAUUGACUCAUAUUAUCACACAAGAUAUAAAUGAAGAGGUACAAGAGACAUAUUUCACGCCAACACCACUCAGCAAUGUUAAAACAUUAAGGAGGCCUAUUUGCCAUAAAAACAAAAUUGCUUAAAACAUCAACUGAUUUAAAAAAAAAAUCAGAACUUUUAAUUGUUUUUGUUUGACCCAAUUAGAAAUACAGUGCAAUUUAGUGUAUUGUUCAAACAUUUUGUGUUUCAACUGGAGAGAAAAAAAUAGAAGAACUUAAACUAGGCUGAAACCAACAGAACUGUUCUCAAUUCAACGUUCUGACCGUCUGUUUAGAACAAUACACUGUAAAAUGACUAUACCUUAGAAUCAAAUGGGGGAAAAAAUGGCAUUAUUAUAAGGAAAAAAAUGUAGAGUUAGCAAUGCAUAAUAUAGUUGAAUUUAAUAAAAGCACUUGUGCAGGUGAAAACGGAAGCAGAACAGGAUAUAUAACAGAUGUUUAAAAGCUCUCUCUUUCUGCUGUAAUUAAUGAACAUCCUUGCUUACAUCUUAAUUCUGUUCUGAAGUGACAAACUUUACAGCAUGUGAACAAAGCUGUGUAAAUGUGAAUAAUACUGUGUAAAUGGAACUGUGACAUUUAUGGACAUUGCUGAAUGUCUUCAAGAAUUGCAUUAAAAGGUGAUUUCUAAUACAGUGGGUUGGGCAAGGAACUACAGCUGGAAGCACUCCAGGGUCCUGCAAUUCUCUGAAAGGACCGCCAUCUCCAUGAAGGCACAUGAAA